AUGCGGAGCCCAACCAAUUCCCUAAUACUCACGAAUCUUGAUGAAACAGCCUUUGAAGACCCUCGCAGACUUAUUGAGCAACUACCGGAUGACUACCUAAUUGAAGUUGUCUGCUUGCCCAAGCUUUCGAGAGUAGUGCUAAUCUGCGAGUCGCUGACGGCGGCAAAGAACAUCAAGGCCAAGUUCGAUAACAACCUAAUUUCGCACUCGGUGAAGACGUCAUUUAGCAUCAAAGAUAACAAGUUUCAAGUUAGCAAACGCGAUCUCUCUACUGUUUCGAUCCGUGCCGACAAGAGCUAUCUCGAGUUGCCUGAUGAUUUAGACCUGAAGCGGUUCUUGAUAAGUCCGCCUAUGAGUCCUCAGUCCGAGUGGAACCAUUGGGAUAGGAGAGAGGACGAUCCCAAUGACCGAGCUAUAUAUUCACCCGAAGAGCUAUCGAAUUUGCUUUGGGAGAGAUUGGGGAAUACUAGUAUGGUGAGAAAGUAUCAAGAAGAUGCAGACGAAGUUCAAGAUCAAGAUGGAGAUGGAGAUGCGGCAAAGAGGCCAACCAUUAAUCUCGAAGUCGAGCCUGAGUUAUUGUUUGAAGGUAUCGAUAAUGACGUGCCUGCUAUUAUCUUGGAUAAAGCCGAUAACCAGCUUUUGAAUGAGAAAUUACCAAAGACGUCGAUGCCACCUGUGAUUUGA